AUGCAGAAGGGAGAGAAGGGCAAAUUAAAAUUAAAGAGUUUUCCAAAGUUGACACACGUCAUUUUUGCUGAUGAGGACCAUAAACAUGGCGGCACGUAUACGCUCUCGGACAUUUUUGUUAAAGGCAAUAGCGAACAAAUAGCCAAAUUGCCCAAAUACGAGCAGUGGGAUUGCCAUAAAAUUUGUGCCAUUCAAUUCACCUCGGGUUCAACAGGAACACCUAAAGCUGUUGCUUUGAGUCAUUAUCAACUAAUUAAUGGUAGCCGAAUUGCUUCUUCUACUAUUGGAAUUAAACGAGACACAAUACUUUGUUGCGCUUUACCAUUAUUUCGCAUUCCAGUGUUCUGUUUGGUCGUCUUCAGUCCUUUUCUUUUUGAAUCAAGAGUUGUCUUCCCUGAUCCAAGUCCUUUACCAAAACUUCUUUUUGACUCAAUUAAAAAGCAUUGCUGUACAAAUGUUUUGUCAAACGCCGCUGCUCUUCGCCUUUUGUUACGUACUCAAACAUUAACACAAAAGCAGAAGAAUACUCCCACCUUGCCCAGCGUGGAUACUGUUAUUUUGUUAGGUGAACGUGUUUCUGCUGAUUUACUUAUUGCAAUUGAGGGAAUGUUGCCGAAUGCAAAGAAAAUUGCUGUUGGAAUGCUUUCUACUGAGCUUGGAUCAAUUCCAUUAUUAAGUGACAACACUACAAAUUUGGUCAAAUCUGUUGGGAAAGUUUUGAAGGGAUAUGAGGUUUCUAGUUUAUAUUUUAAGUAUGGUAGGACCCUGACCAGGCCCGUAACCAGGGGGGGGUGA